AUGGGUACUAAGAGAGUUAUCAGGUCGGUAUUGGACGGUGUUGACUAUUUCUGUCGAAAAACUGACAAUAAAACGCUAAAGAAGUUAGCGCUCUCUAUUGGGUCCCAGGCUGGCACUACAAAGACAGCACUGCGAAGCAACAUCGUGGCACAAUGCGAGCUACUCAAGAAAUUGUCGGAUACGAAAAAGUCCAUGGGAAAGCUUGAUAUUACAGCAAUUGACAUGGGUUUAGAGAAUUUCGCUUACAGUAGACUGUCAUGGCACGCAGACCAAAAAAUCCCCGAGCUAAGAGAAUGGAAUAAAAUGCGGAUUAGUAGUCCAAACGCGGACUCUGAUGAUAUAAAAACGCCCUUUACACCAAAAAUGUUCACCCAAGUUGGUCAAACUCUAACAGACACCCUCACUGCGAAAUCACCCGACCUUUUUGUUGUCGAGAGACAGCGAACGAGAACUCUGGGUUCAGCUGCGGUACCAGAUCCCAUUCUCAAGGUCAAUGCUCUCGAGCAUGUUCUAUUCAUGAGUUUAAACGCGAAGAAAUUUUACGUCAAAAACCUUCACUAUCUUGUAGAGUCGUCCGACCCAAGACGAAUGACCGACUUCUGGUGCCAAGCGAUACCUAUAAGAAAACUUUUAGAGUCUGCAUAUGGCUUGGACUCUCCUAAGGCGCAUCUCAAAGCUACCAGCUCGACUCUCACCAAGAUGCUCAAAAUAGCACUUGUAAAGUCGAUGCUCCUGCGGCAGGCUCAAGAAAAAUUCACGCUGUCGCCCCUGCUGUCUUCGCAAUUUACAAACUACACACCACGCAAGAAAUACGAUUUGUUCGAGGCUUUGCAGCUGGGAGACUCAGCAGGCACGUCUAAAGAAGACGACCUGGCCGAUUCUUUGCUGCACGGUUUGGCCUGGGUAGAGUGGUUAAGAAACUUCGACGAACUGGCAGCAGUUAUAUCUGGUGAAGAAGCAGACCAAGCCGGGUUGAAGGCUUUCAAUGACUUCAACAAGUCCAAGUGGACGGAACGUGAGCAUUAUUCAAAAACAUGCAUAUUGGAGCUGUAG